AUGACAUCUAUAUUAGGUGUAUGUGUGAUCUAUGUGUACUCUAUGAUAGCCUAUUUUACACCAUUAUAACAUUCUCUUAUAUAUAAUGAUAAUGAAGAGUUCUAAGUAUGCAAAAAUGCAAAAGAUUGCUUCCUUAUAUUUCUUGAUUUGGGGCUAAGAAAUGGAGGUGGUAUUGGUGAUGUAUUUUUUUAUCCUGGUAGGGGAUAGAAUUAAUAUAUAUAGAGGUUUUUAUUUGAUUUGUCAUUUUUUAUUAUUAUUAUUGUGGUUUUACUUAAAGUUGUAUUUGGAAUUAUUAUUGAUUCUUUUUCGGAAUUAAGAGAUAAAGAGAAAUUUAAUGAUUGGGAUUAAAAAAAUAGAUGCUUUAUAUGCAAUAUUUAAAAAGAUAUAUUUGAAAAUUAAAGUAUUAAAUUUAAUAAUCAUAUUUAGAAAUAACAUAAUAUGUGGAAUUAUUUAUAUUAUAUAAUUCAUCUUAAAUUUAAAAAAAAUCUAGAUUAUGAUGGAACUGAAACUUACGUAUAAGAAAAAAUAAAUGUAUAAGAUAUUAGCUGGAUACCUGUAGGUAAAUCAAUAAAAUAAAAUAAAAUUAAUUAAAAUAAAAAAAAUGUAAAAUGA